AUGUGUAGAGACAUUGUGAGCCCCGCCCCCAGAGCCCAGGUGCUCCAGCACUUCUUCUCCAUCCUGUCGUACCGGUUCUCCCUUCUACCCUCCCUCAUGCCCCUCUUCGCUGCCAAACUGGGGGAGAAGAAGAGGAAGCUCACAGAAACUCUGAAUGUAGUCCGCUGUGGUUUUCUGCAGAGGCUCAGUGUGUCUCUUCUGUCCCAACCAGACCCUGCAGCCAGCAUCCUCCCACAAGACUGUGAGGAGAUAGAGGCUGUGUUGAGGUCCAGCCUGCCCUCUCUGUGUUGUUGUGUGUGUGAGUGGCCCUCUCUGCUGUGUGAGUCCCCAGGGCCCCAAUGUGACCCUGCCGGCCCCAGGGCCACUCAGUACUGUCUGCUCACAUUGCUGCACCUGGCCCUGCAGCAUGGAGACAGGCUGCUCCCUGACUCCACGGUGUUCUCCUGUGUGGUGACUCUGCUGUGCUCGGUGCAGGAGCAGGGAGACUCGGCCCUGCCUCCCUGUGUGCUCAGGUCUGCCCUCUACCUGCUGUCUGUCACACAGGACAAGAGCACCGACCUGGACUGGGCUCCCGUAAACUGCAUCAGCAAGGCCCUGUCUUCCAGCCCCAGUUUCGCCUCCCUCUACACCCACCACCCUCCACUCCUACACUUCCUCUUCCUCUACCCAGAGCUGGCCGAGCACUUUGGGCCCCGGGUCCUGGAGCUGUGGUUGUCCCACCGUGCUGAGGCCACACUGCAGUCAGACACAAACAGUAAGAAGACAGAGGGCCCGUCAGAGCAGAACCAGGAUCCAGACAACACAGCCCUGCUGACUCUGCUGAAGAAGAGCCCCACUGUCAUACUGAACUUGCUCUUGAGGGAGUUAGACCCCGUGUACUGUCCAGAGACCUGGCACAAGCCUGUUUCUUUGCCAAUCCCAGCUCUCUGCAUGAACCCCUGCUUCUCUGUGUCUGUAGGGCAUGGUGUGUACCAGGGAGGCUCCCCUGGCAGAACGUGCUGUAGAGGUGCUGGGGAGUUUCCUGCAGGGCUGUAAGGCCGGCCUGUGUACCCUACUCAGACUCACUCUGCUACAGGUGCUCCAGAGACUGGGCCUGGAGAGCAGCCAGGGGACAGGAGCCAUGGGCUCUCUCCUUCUGGUCCUGAGGUUGCUGUGCCUGAUGCAGACCAGUGGCUCCACUGAGAAUGAGAUGGACGGCAUCCACUUCAAACUGCUCUACCA